CAGACAGUUCGAAGUUUUCAUUCUAGAAGCAACGACUUGGCUAGUCAGUGAUAUCCUAGUGCCUGCGUUAGUUUGAAUCUGUAGUGCAUCACAGUCAAGUUUUCCUUUCGUAAAAUGGAAUCUCCACGUGCGGAAUCUUACGCAUCUUCUGACACUGGUAGGACGAGAAUGAUUGAUGCAGAAGCUCGUCACACGGAUCUCGAUGGAAAUCUCAACGAAGUUACUGCAGACUUGACAGGGCUUGUGACGAUUUGUUGCUCGGAUUGUGAUCUUGACAGUGCCAACUACGAAAAAUGCCAGGGCGAGCUAGCUCUGCAAUGUUUAGCGUGCCGAGAGAAGUUUUAUCACCGUUUUUGGGCGAUCCGGCACAUCAAUUCUUGUGCCAGCAUCAUCAAGCAGCCAAAAUACAUCUGUGAGUUGUGCGAAACGACAUUCGAACGGAUCGAUGAACUAAGAAGACACUUUCAAGACUGUGCAAGUGAUUGUUUUACAAGUCUUCAGUUGGAGAACAACAACACGAAUUCGGAGGAAGAAUUAGAUAUGUUCAAGUACUUUGCCAACUCAUCGGAGAUAUUAAGGAAAAGCGUGAGGGAAUACGGACAUGAACGUUUUUAUGCGCACUUCUGCGUGGAGUGCCGCGAACCCAUCAUCGAUGAAACAUCGGUCGACGCAGUAGACUGCGAUGAAUGUAAAGUUAGUUGCCUGCUGCAGUGCAACACGUGCAAAUGUCUACACGAGACUUACGAGUCCAUUAUUGAGCAUUUAAAGGGGAGCUAUUGCGGAUAUAAGAUGCAAUUAGCGGUGGACCCGGAUGCUCAACUUCACGAACAGGCGUGAAAAAUUAUAAGAUGCACAAAGGCUAUUGCAAACAGAAUCGACCGUCUGGAGAUGUUUCAAUGCCCAAGGAAAGUGACGCAGCUUAUCACACAUACAUCGUGCACAAUCAUGGUUUACGUUCGAAUACAUAUGUAGAACCUUAAAACGUUUUUUAAUUGUCGAGAUGAUUUAAUUUUUUACUGUACUUAUUUAUUUAUCGUAAAAUAAAAAAUUUUAACCGCUCAAUCAUUA